GCGUGGCAUUAGCCGCGCGAGCGCCGCUUCACUGCGGGCCUGCAGUGGGCCCGGCACUCUACCAACUGCCAGGGCACAGAGGCAGCCGGGACAGCUCCCGCACACAGCCAUUUAGAAAGAGGAGGGAAUGACUUCUGAAUGGGAUUCCGAGUGCCUUACAUCCUUGCAGCCCCUUCCUCUUCCUACACCCCCAGCAGCAAAUGAGGCACACCUACAGACUGCAGCCAUCUCCCUGUGGACAGUGGUGGCCGCCGUGCAGGCCAUAGAGAGGAAGGUGGAGGUCCACAGCCGGCGUCUCCUACACCUAGAAGGCAGGACAGGGACAGCAGAGAAGAAGCUAGCCAGCUGUGAAAAGACAGUGACCGAUCUUGGGAGCCAGCUGGAGGGCAAGUGGGCCGUGCUGGGGACUCUGCUGCAGGAGUAUGGGCUGCUGCAGCGGCGCCUGGAAAACUUGGAGAACUUAUUAAGAAACAGGAACUUCUGGCUCCUGCGGCUGCCCCCAGGUAUUAAAGGCGAUGUCCCAAAGGUGCCUGUGGCAUUUGAUGAUGUCUCCAUCUACUUCUCGACUCCAGAGUGGGAAAAGUUGGAAGAAUGGCAAAAGGAGCUUUACAAGAAUAUCAUGAAGGGAAACUACGAAUCUCUUAUCUCCAUGGAUUAUGCCAUGAACCAACCUGAUGUCUUAUCUCAGAUUCAACCAGAAGGAGAACAUAAUACAGAGAACCAGACAGCACCAGAGGCAAGUGAAAUUCCUGCAGACCCCAGUGAAGAGCCUGGUCUUUCAACAUCAGAUAUUCUGUCUUGGAUUAAACAAGAGGAAGAGCCUCAGGUUGGGGCCCCACAGGAGUCCAAGGAGAGUGAUAUCUACAAAGGCACCCAUGCAGAUGAAGAGCUUGUCAUCAAAGCCGAGGGCCUUGCUAGAGCCUCCUUGUGCCCUGAAGUUCCUGUUGCGUUCUCUGCUCCAGCCCCACCAGCAGCAAAGGAUGCUUUUUCAGAUGUGGCUUUCAAACACCAGCAGUCCACUCCCAUGACACCAUUUGGACGUGCAGCCACUGACUUGCCUGAAGCCUCAGAGGGACAAGUGACUUUUACUCAAUUGGGUAGCUACCCUCUCCCACCUCCAGUUGGGGAGCAGCUCUUCUCGUGCCACCACUGUGGCAAGAGUCUAAACCAGGACAUGUUGCUGACUCACCAAUGUGGCCACACUAGUGAGCAUCCCUUACCCUGUGCCCAGUGCCCCAAGCACUUUGCCCCGCAGACGGACCUUGGCAGCACCUCCCAGGACCAUGCCAGUGAGCCGCCCCCAACCUGCCCACAUUGCGCCCGGACUUUCACUCACCCCUCAAGACUCACCUACCACCUUCGGGUCCAUAACAGCACUGAGCGCCCUUUCCCCUGUCCGGAUUGCCCCAAGCGCUUUGCUGACCAGGCGCGACUCACAAGUCAUAGGCGGGCUCACGCCAGUGAGAGGCCCUUCCGCUGCACGCAGUGUGGCAGGAGCUUCAGCCUGAAGAUCAGCCUCCUGCUGCAUCAGCGUGGGCACGCACAGGAGCGCCCAUUCUCCUGCCCUCAGUGUGGCAUCGACUUCAAUGGCCACUCGGCCCUGAUCCGCCACCAGAUGAUCCACACAGGCGAGCGGCCAUACCCUUGCACUGACUGCAGCAAGAGCUUCAUGCGCAAGGAGCAUCUGCUCAACCACCGGCGGCUGCACACGGGUGAGCGGCCCUUCCAGUGUGCGCACUGCGGCAAGAGCUUCAUCCGCAAGCAUCACCUCAUGAAGCACCAGCGCAUCCACACCGGCGAGAGGCCCUACCCCUGUGCCCUCUGUGGCAGGAGCUUCCGCUACAAGCAGACGCUCAAGGACCACCUGCGUUCGGGCCACAAUGGAGGCUGUGUGGGCGAAAGCGACCCAGCCACACGGCCCCCCGACCCACCGGGUCCACUCCUAGCUGGCCUCGAAACCUCUGGCCUGGGUGUUAGCACGGAAGGUCUAGAGACCAAUCAGUGGUAUGGGGAAGGGAGUGGAGCGGGUGGGUUGUAAGUCUGGUUUAGCUACGCUCACGACAGGACAGAAAGUCUAUAUGAAGCUCCCAAGCCCUCCACCACUCGCAGUAAUUAUUAUCUGACGCAUAAGAGAUUUGGUGUCCUCUAUACUCCACUGGAGACAUGCUUAUGUUUUGGAACUUAACAAAAGUACAAUACCACAUUUUAAAAUACAGAAAGACCUGGAAAGGAGCCCCACAGCCCCUUCUUUUCAAAGGUACCACAAAAACAGAAGUCAAAAAUAUUACAGAGAGGUUGGGAAGCAAGAGUCAACCUCAGGUUAUCCUGUUCCAGGAAAGCAAAAUGAGAACGGACUGCGUCUAGGUAGAGAUAAGUGCAUGGAAAGAGCCCCCAAGCAUGAAGCAGGUCAUCAGGCAUGAGAAUGUGCCAGGCCUUUCAUUAAUUCCUCUAGGUGAGGUAACUUUGGAAGAAUGGGCUUUAUCUACUGUUUAUAUUGCUGCCUCCUGGACACCAGCCGGGCUCUGUUCACAAAGCUGCGCAGCCUCCUGUCCCUGAAACAGGAGGACUGAGACUGCCUCCCUAGCUUUCCCACCUUGUCUUUUAAUACAUUCUGUCAAUACCUGUGAACAAAAACCCGACUUAAAUAGCCUAUUUAGGAGAACAGUUCUUAACUUUUGCUGGCUUGGUUCGAAGCAUUCAAGCUGUUGUAUUGGUAUUUAAACUGUCAGAAAUCUUUGCCAAGGUCCUGGUUAGAAAAUUGGAAGCAGAGUUUUCAGCCCAGCUUUAAAAGCUAGAGAUCCCAAGAAGUAGCUGGUGUAACAAUCAUAGAACUGCUUGAACUGCUUAAAACCUGAGCCUGAAACACAAUUUUAGAGUGUUUUAUGUCACAUUCUCCCUUAUCUUUUCCAAGCCAGUAAGCUGGCUUUUCCAUUCCUGGUAUCUGUUUGUCUUGAUGAUGAUCAGCAGCAAAGAUCACAGCACUUUCCUGAAACAUUAAGGAGUUUCAGAAAGUGCUGCUGAGCUCUGGGCUUUUGUUUCCUCUAGCCAGUCACAGUGUUGUUAUGUGGCAUUCUCAUUCUCCCAUUCAGCAGGGAGGCUGUCUGGUCCCCCCCACCUGCCCUACUCCAUUGGCACCUCUCCUAGGUCACUUAGAGCUGAACACCACAUGCAGACAAGGAUGACCUGUCUUGCCUGUUACGCUUUUAGGUAACUCAGCUACCAUGGUUUUUUCCUUGGGGUCACUGUUACCUGGGCAGAUCUGAACCUAGUUCUGCUCCUCAGUGUCUUUGCAACUAGUUAAAAGCCCUUUUUUCUUUAUAGCUCUCAAAUUUCAACUGCAAAUUGAGACUGGUAAAAGUGGGAAAGUUAGCCUCUAGAAAAAAAAAAAAAAAAAAAUCCUGUGAUACAUUUCUUCUCCUGCCAAAAUCCUGUUUCUGUCUUUGGCCUCUGUCCAGGUGAAGCUAAAUAUGACAGCAAAAUCAAAGCAAAGGUUCUUGCAGAAACUUGACUGAAAUUGAUUUGAUUUAUUGUUUUGCUCAUGCUUAGAGCCUGAGGUAGAAGAGAGAAUGCAAAAGCCCUAUGUCUUGGGCAGAAAAGUUGUUUAUUCCCAUACCCUCUUGUUUCCUCGGAUUCUUCUCUGAUGCCUGGAACAAGGUCUGGGAAUAUUUUGACAGGACACUUUCUUGAUAAGUGAUAAGGAAGGGACAUGUUUUCUCCUUAUCACUGAAUCCACUUUUACUCUGCCUCGUUCUGUGUAGCCCUGCUAAGAGAGGAUGUUAGUCCAGCUGGCUGUGCUCCUGGGAAGUCUCUGUCUGAAAAGGCUGCUCUUCAGGAUAGUCACAUUUAUAAAACACUGUUUUGUGACAUUCACAAUACCAGGGACUAUGGGAGACAUAAGAAAUGUGUGUGAGACCUGGGCUGCUGUCUUAACUUUCAGUCUAUAGACAAUGAAAAAAAUCCAAGGAAAUAGAACAAGACAAAUGAUGGGCAGAACCCUGGUAUGUUGGGAUCAAGAGCUUUCCAACCACAAUCUCUGGCCCACACCAGGAAAAUUUGGAGGAGUUCUGGGAAUCCCCAAAUCAGGGUUCUACCUUCGUUGAUGCACUAAGAACUUGAGUGUGAGAUUCAGUUCUGGUUUGCACCUUGAUUCCCCCAGUUAAAAGGGAAAAGAGUCAAGGCACCAUCUUUAGGAGGUGAGCUCUCUUUGGAAUGGAUUCAAGCAUCUACCAGAGUAUGCUGGAGGAGGGAUUCCUACAUUAGAUGUGAUGUGGGACCAGAUAACAUCUAAAAUUCAUUUGACUGAAAAGAUUCACUGAGAAUACAACUAAUAACAAAAGAGACCUGUGCAUUAAAAUGCGGCAGAUAGAUACCACAGCCCUUUCUGCUAAGAACUGUAGCCAACAGGGACCUAAUUUUGGCAAAAAAGUGAACAUAAUCCAAAUGCCACUGGAGCAAGAGUCAUAAAGCUUUAUGAAAGGGAAUGUGCAGGCCAUCCCAGAAAGACAAGCAUGUGGAAACCUAAUCCUCAGCCUUGACACAAGGCAGGGAGUUCAGCUAUUGUGGGUUCUGUUCUUUCCCUUCAUCAGGCCCCAUCAGGUAGAACUCCAGGCCCCCUCUAAAGGGUUUUUCUGCUAAUGAUUCAGAAAUGGAUCAGUGGGAAAGAUGAGAGAGUUCAAUGAAGUUUUCAGCAUGUGGAGAAGAAAUUCAUGUUCCAUCAAGUGCUCCUGAGAGAAACCAUGCUGAGAGAAGCACCUGAGGCCUGGGGACACAAUAGGGAAGAGGAAACCCUAGAACUGUGCUCCUCGCCUGUCCUUCUGACUGGCACACAAGCACCCUCUCCUCUGGAGUGGAUCCAGAUGUUGACUAACCAAUCACUCUGCUUACUACAUUUCCAUGGUUACCAUUGGAUGUGCCCCUAGUGCAGCCUCAAAUGUGAGAAUAAAUGGAAGUUGGUUGAUUGUCUAAAAAGUGAAAGGUGACUCUGAGCCUCUUCUGCUGGACACCUGGUACUGAAGACACCUUAGGUGGACUCUGGCUAGAUCCAUGUUCUACACAAUUCCACCACCACAAUUCCACCACUGGUGGGGAUCCCUGCUGGGCUUCUCUCAGCCAAACCCUGUGGUUUGCUAGGCAUUAACAUGCACAGUCCCCAAAAAAUCUUGAUAAAGGGUCUGAGUCCCUUUUUUUCUUUCAAAUAGGAUGGAAGUCCUAAAUUUCUGCUCAUAUUUCCUCUGAGGCAAGGGUAGGACCCCCCCACCCCCCAGGUCUUGGCUUCUGCAACAUCAAAAUGCCCCUUCAGCAGCUGUCUGAGGGUUGUAAGUAGCUAGUCUUCUCAAAAGGUUGUUAUAGACAAGACCUCUGAUGUUAGCAGAUAGGUUUUUUUCCUGUGGUUUUGAGGGACACUUCUGGCCCUGUUGCAUUAAUUCUGGUUCCCUAUCUGUAGCAAAGGAGAAUUUAUUUCUCACAUGUCUGUGAGAGGCUGUUGUGUGUUUUGGUAAGUUUCAGGGUCCUACAGGCAAAAGAUAACUUGAGUUAGGUCAGGUUGGUGUGAUGAUGGGAUGGGACCAGGAGAGCAUAGGGCCUUGAUGUAAGGAUGCACAGUGUGGGUUAGAGCAGUGCCAAGGGCAAGAACUCUGGUCAGAUCUAGAUUCAGGUCUUGCUAAGUAAUAGGUCUGUUAUUUAACCAUCUUGAACCUUAGUUUCACUAUCAGUAAAGUAGGGAUUUGAGACCUAUUCUCAGAGGUGUUAGGGUAUGCAUGGAAACCCAUGUGAAGUAUUUAGCACAGAGCCUGUGACACAAGGAGGUCACAGAGCCAGGUUGAAUUGGAGGUGCAAGUGUCAAAAACUGAGCUGCCCUGCAGGGCACAGGGUGGCUGGGAGCUCAGCCUUUUGCCUAAGAUCAUCUUUUGCUUCAAUUUAGGCCUAUUUUUUCCUGUAUCUCCCAGCUCCAAUAAGUUUCUGUGUGCCAUGACCUCAUGAGGCUGAUUCUCUUUGAUAUUUCCUAGAUUCUUUAAUAAGGAGUCUGUCCAGCUCCUCUUCUUAUGUGAGGACCCAGAAGUUUCCAGCCAACCCUUGUGGUUACGAGCUUAUCCUGGUUCAGUUGGCUGGAAUCAGUAGUGGAAAUCCUACAGCUCCUGCACCAAGAUCUGUGGGCUGGUGGAUUCACUUGGGAAUGGGCAGUGACUGUAUGGCAUUUCUAGUACUAGAGAAUCUAUCCUUAGGCCAGAGCAUAUUGUCACUUGCAUAAAGGAACUGGAAGGUGCUGCUUGUCUUGUAAAAUAAAUGUCAUUAGGAGUCAAGGGAGGGUGUUACUCAUCCCUUUCUGGCCCUUCUCCAGUUUCUUUUUAAAUGAAUAACUGGCCACAAUCACACAAAUGACUCUUGUCAGGUUGGUCAAAUAAAUUGCCUCUUCCAAAAAUAUCACCUCUAAGACUAACUACCCUUCAAAGCAGAAUGAUGCAGCCAAACCAGAGAAGCCAUAAAAGCAUCGUGCAGCAAAUCUCCCCAAGAUAGCCAGGUUUCAUUUCAAAUAAAAUGUCCGAUAAAACCUUGCUGAACUAUGUGGCUUUGUCUUUAUUAGUAAAGCCAUUAUUUGCUUUAAAAUCUUGAGACUGGCCUAAAAAUUAAACUACCCAAGGGCUAAGGGAUAGCUCAGUGCUAGAACACUUGCUUAGCAUGUGUGAGGCCUGGUUCCAUCUCCAGUACUAUAAAGCAAAACAAAACUACCCCAAACACAGACUAUGUCUCAUUUUGUUUUCCUCAUGGUGUUGGACAUCGGGAUACUCAGUAAUUUUAUUGUGGGAAGACCACAAGAGUGGUUAAAAACUGGAUUUUUGUCCCAGCAUAACAUUCUGUACUUGAUGUGGGGCAAACUAAUUUAUGAAGAUCUUUGUUUUCCCAAUUCUAAUGUGAAGAUUGAAGAAGAUGGUAAAAUAUGGUCCCUUCUGAAUCUAAAAUUACAGAACUUAAGAUUUUUACUUCUAGGUUCUCUUUUCUGUUUUUACUCCAGAUUCUAUUAGUGAUUUUUUUAACACAGCAGAAUAAACACUUGCAUUUAUUACAGAAUAAAGAGUACAAUCCUAAUUAUAAAAAAAAAAGGUUAAACAAUUUGAAAUUAUGGAUGCAAAUGAUACUACGUAGGUAAAUCGGUUCUUGGCCUUGAGUUUAUAAUUUUUUUUAUUUAUUUUUUAAUUGGUUGUUCAAAACAUUACAAAGAGUUUAUAAUUUUUUUAAAUGGUGUUAUAAAGACAAUAACUGCUAAUCAACCUGAGUGAGUAAACAACAAGAUAAUAACUAUGAAUAAGAAUAAUUAAACCAAUCAUAUUUAUGUUAUUAGACAUUAAGUAAUAAUUUGGGAUUUUCAUUUCCCCAGAUGAUCUUUUGGGCCAAGACAAGGACUAGUGCUGUUGCACUAGUUAGUUCCUGACUGUACCUGAGAAUGACUCAGGGUUCAGAAGAAGACAUUUGUGUCAGGGCCUACCCUGGCAUGGCUUCAUUGUCUGUGAUGGAGCCUGUGUGUUUCUGAGUUCCCCUAAGUGAUUCUAAUGUGCCUGUGAGAUGGAAAAGAUCCUAGGAAGAGAAAGCCAGGCAUUGGUCAGUGAGCCUUACUAGAGCAGUGAGCUAUGGAUCAGAGAUGAAUAAAGGUCUUGGAAUCCACAGUGGGAAGCUGUAACUCGACAGUGGAGGCAGGACUUAUGGAAAUAGGAUAUGGAAAUAGUAUUUUUAAAAGUUCUGACCUCUCUCCGUAGUUAGGCAAGCUAGAGGCAGUGGGGAAAGCAGUAUUCAUUUCUGCUGCACCUUCUGUGUGCCAUGUCCAAAGACCACACGCUGGCAGGACUGGGCAGGAUGUGCACAGAUGAGAGGGAUGCCAGCACCCAUGCUGCAUUUUCCUAACCUCCUGAGGCCUGCACCUUCUUGUAAGAGGAGUUUGCAGAAAAACAAGGGACUUUGGUGACAUUAUUACCAACUUGAAUUAACAAUCAUACCUUACUUUUGCAUUUGGAAACACUGGUACAUUUUGUCAUGAGCACUAGACUCUAUUUUGGAUGAAUCUUGACCAUUUUUGUAAUUAAACAAGCACUUAAAAGUUGUAGGGCUGCCUUUGAAAGGACACACUGUGAUUACAUAUAGCAUAUCUUCUGCAUAAAGGAUUCCUAAGCCUUGGGUGCUCACUGAGUUAGAACAGUUUCAAUGAUUGAACAUUACUUCUGUAGUAUCACAAAGUCAUUAAGAACCAAAUAGAAGCAUGUAAUCCCAGUGACUCUGGAGGCUGGGCCAGGACAAUCAAAAACUCAAGGCCCACCUCAGCAACUGAGUGGGAACUUGUCUCAAAAUUAAAAGGGCUGGAGAUGUAGCUUGGUGAUAAGCUGGUGCCCCUCAGUUCAAUGCCCACUACCAAUGAAGGUCACUUGUCUAUAGGGUCAAACUUGGAAAGGAGAUGAAAUGCUUAAGUGAAGCAGCCUAAGAAUAAACUCAAGAAGGGAAAAAGAAUAUUCCCAAACUUUGCAUAGGCUUAAAGCAAACAUUUUUGGAAGAGAGAUGGGUGUUUGAGUUAAAAUGUUGGCAAAAGGUGGGUCUGUAAAAAGGAUGCUGAAAACUCUGGCAAGAGCAAAUUGCCCUUAAAACUUUUGUAAAGUUACUCAAAACAUUUGGCUGUGGCCCCACAUCAACCCUCCUUUCAGUACAGUGGUCUUGGAGCUCUGUCACUUUACUCUGAGCACCCGUCCCCUCAGAAUGCUCUGCCUCUAGAGGUGAGGAGGUCAAUGACAUUGUAGCCUAAAGCACUGACCUCCCACAGAGGUGGGUCUAACUAGGCACAGUAUCUUUAUUUAUUCAUUUUUAUUUUUUAAUAUUUAUUUUCUAGUUAUAGGUGAACGUAAUAUUUUUAUGUUAUUUUCAUAUGAUACUGAGGAUGGAACCCAGUGCCUCACGCAUGCUAGGUGAGUGCCCUGCCUCUGAGCCACAACCCCAGCCCUGUCUUUUAUUUUUUUAGAUCUUGUUUUUUAGUUGCAGUUGGACACAUACCUUUAUUAUAUUUAUUUUUAUGCACUACUUAGGGUGCCUUACAUGUCCAGGCAAGUGCUCUACCACUGAACUGCACUCAAGCCCAUAGGCACAGUGUGAAGUGAAAGUGAAGAUGGGAACUGUGAACAGACAAGCCAGUGGGAAGGGAGCCCGAGGCUCUGAGGCUGUCCUCAUCUCCCUUUCCCAUGUGCCACCUUGGUAGUUCUUGACCUGCUUGUUAAAUGAGAGGUGGGUGAAACUAAGUCAAAAGCACAGAUCUGGUUAUCUUCUUCCCUUAGCCAAGAGUGAGUCCAGAGGUUUCCCUCAAAUAAAUCUCGGGAGUUGUUGAAAGAACACAGCACCAGAAAUCUUUAGAAACUGGUAGAUAAAUAAAUGUUCCAGUUUUACGAAUCCCCUCUCUUUUGGCCUCUCUGGCAUCCAUUAGUUGAGCAUCUACUACUUCAAAUGCCCUAUCCAUUGCAGUAGCUAUAGAAUUUCCAGAUGGAGAGAAGGAAGGCAUCAAGGCCGACCUGACAGGUCAAGGGGCCAGGCCUGGGGCCUUCCAAGAAAUCUGUUGUAACCAUGAUACUUGACAUUUUCCUCAAGGAUAACUCAAGGACAUCUCCAAGGGCAGGAUGGGUUUCCACCAUCGGAUGUCUCAGCCUCAUUAGCCCUUUGUCAGUACCAAUAGUAGGGUCCAUGACCUGUGUGGCUUUAGCAGCUCCUUCCUUGUGCCCUUUGUUUUUUCCUUUAGGGAAGUACUCCUUAAACACCCCAAAUGUCUACCCUUCUGCUUGUAUUCAUUAUGGGUUUUUAUGGUCUGUUGUUUCUAGGCUCAAUGGUUAUAAAAUAAUGCCACCAACUGAA